AUUAGUAUGACCGUACUACUUGCUGUGGUUAAGACACUUCUCAUUAGAUAGAUUGUUUAGCCAUUCCAAAAUCUCUCCUCUCUCUCUAUCCUUAGGAAGGAUGCCAACAAUUUUGCUGAGGCUGAUGCUUUCUCUGCUUCUUAUGCUUCUAAUUUCUCCUAAAUCAGAGGGGCAGGAUGAGCAAUGGUGCAUUGCAGAUGAGCAGACUCCUGAUAGUGUAUUGCAGGAGGCCAUGGAUUGGGCUUGUGGGGCAGGUGGCUCAAAUUGUAGUAACAUUCAAGUGAAUCAGCCUUGCUAUUAUCCAAAUACCGUCAGAGAUCAUGCUUCCUAUGCCUUCAACAGCUACUUUCAGAAGUACAAACACAAAGGUGGAUCUUGCUACUUCAAAGGAGCUGCCAUGAUUACAGAGCUUGAUCCCGGUUAUGAUUCUUGCCUCUAUGAGUACACUCCCUGAUUCAUCAGCAUUGAGUUUUGUUUCAGUGUUGAAAUAGAUUACUAUUUGCAAUAUUGGAGACAAAUAAGAAAAAAUAAAAACCUAGACAAGUUUUUUGCAAAAUUCAGGAGUCUAGGGAGGGAGAGGUUUGUUUGGUUUUGCAUUUUUCUUUCAGUUUGUUAUAAUAGAUAACUUUCUUGUGCUUC